GUAGGAAAGCCAUUUGCCUAGUACCUGCAUGCACAACAAGCCUGCUGGAAUUAGAAUUUUUUGUUGUUGUGAUAAAUAUUUAACCUAGCAGGAUUUUUUUUCUGUAUUGGCUCUAUUAAUCUUCCGUGGGUGGUGAAUGUGCGUGUCUGGGCAGACAAAGAAGUGUACGGGACCUGAGUGAUCGCCAUCCUUAUAAAGGCAUGGGGGACAGGAAGGAUGCAAAGUCAUUUGAAGAGCGAAAGAGGUUGAGAAUUUCUUUGUCCAUUCUUAGCUUCUUCCCAAAUCAAAGGCGUAAGGCGAGGCAGAGCGGGUCGGAGCCAUGUCGGUGUUGAAUGGCUUAUCGCGGCUUGUUUGUUUGCCUCCUCCUCCAGGAGUUCCGCAGCCAGUCCUUCAAACGUGGAGGGCAUGUGGGGAUGUUAGAAUACGUGAUUUUGUUUGAAAGCAAGCACCAGAAUGGCUCGCACAUAAGUUUCGGGUAUUUGUCUGUACUAGCCCGCUUUGCACCGGUCGGAGGUCCGAAGCUCGGUCGUUCAGAGUUUCUGGAGCCUUUGAUGAACUUGGUCCUUUGGCAGGAGAAAUGUAAUGCUUUUCCUAGUGACCAUUUUCUUAUGCUGGCCGCCGAGAGGGGAGGAUUACAGAGAAUUAGCUCAAAUUCCUGCUAGAUUUACCUGCUUAUUUUUGGACGCUGAUGUACAAUUAGUGUAUUUUACUACUUUUUAAAAGCGGCCAUAAAUUAGAGGACUACAAGGGGUCUUUGUGUUGGCUUAAUGGGCUGCUUAAAUCUUAACUACAAAAAGGCGCUGCAAAUGUCUAUUCACGCUCGUGCUACAAAAUUAAAAGCUGAAAUACGGCACGAAGGAACCUUCCUCUGGUGGCAUGUACCCACAGCAUUGCGUGCAGAGAUAUUUGGGAUUCCUUAACGGACCCAACACUGUCAGACUCAGCUGACUCUGAGCAGAACUUCUUCCACAAGGGCACAGUCGAUAGCUCUAUUCUUUUUAUCUGCUUGGAAAUGAUCAAAGACCAACUUCAUCUCUAUCAGUCGCACAGAUGUAGGUAAACAGCUCUGUGUCCCAGCAGAUUUCAAAUCUUUUGAGGAAGCAAGGAAACAAAUACCUCUAUACUACUUAUAUUCUCCACAUGAGAGUGGUCGGUUUACCUCUUAACAACUGUCAUAAAAGUAAACUUGAAAGUCAGUAAAAAUUCAAAAUCUAAUUAUAUUGAAGGUAAAUUUAAAUAGCAUUAAUGCUAAGAGUGUCUAUUGAUGCCAGAGCUGGCACAAAGGGUCCCUCUUAAUGAAGGCACGUUAUGAACUCAGAUCUGUUUGUUGUUACUGUGCCUGGAAUUUCAGCUCAACUCGAAGCCAUGUGUAUAAAGCAGAGAAAAAUCAGUAGCAGACCUACUGAUAAACUCCACAUUUUUUUCUGCUAGAAACCGUGUUUCAGGUCUCCAAAUCAUCGAGGUAAUAAAACACAAUGUUGAAUACCCAGGAACAGGAACAAUGCAAUAUAUGGGGUGGCAGGGGAAAUCUAGUGCCUGCGAUUCGCAAGAUCAUUUGAAUUUGUAUUUGAAAACUCGUAAUCACGAUACUAGAGCAAAGAAAUCUUUCUCCAAAAUCGGCGUAAGGGAAUAAUUUUCAGCUGCGAUCCAGGACAGCAUAAAGUUAGGCAGACUCCCCCUUCAGCAUCGCAAAGUACACCCUGAGGAAAGUAUUCACACGUCAAGAAGUUACUUUUCUUAAGAAUUAAUUAGUUUUCCCACUACAUACAAGAAGUUAAUUGUUAAACAGUAGUUUUAGCAUUAACUCGACCAUUAAUACUAAUAAAGAUGUUCAUAGAAACAGGGUUUUGAAGCCAAUAGCCAUAGCUAGCGUUAAGGCAUUUAAGUUGACUUAUGAUUGUGAUUUAUUGCUUUUGUAGUUUCUAUUUGCUCAGGACUGUAACUUCUAAAGCCAUCUUUCUGCUUUUGACGCAAAGCAGUCGAUAACUUUUUACAACAGCCCCAAGAAAGACCUGAUCUGCUUUUUUCAGCAUCUGCUCCAUUCCCCACUAAUUUAAGUUUCAUUGCUGCAGAAGAACUUCUCUGUGUGUUUCUUUUAUGGGACCUAAAUGCUGCGUAUUUAAAAGAGCUGUGAAUCCAUCUCGAGUAAAUAUCAGCCUUGGUUUACUCUGAGUACGAGGGCUGUGGACUUACCAGUGGUGCUGCUGGUUACAGACUUGGGCAUGGCGUGUGUGGGUAAUGCACUCUCUUUUUCAAAGGUAUAUAGUUUUUAUCCCAGUUCUUAGGGAGGGAUAAUGUAUGUAUACCCUGCUACUAGCUUAGUCACUUCCACAUGAAAAAUUGCAAAUUCUUCCUCUGUUGUAAUGUCACGCUGACUUUACUGCUAUGUCCGCUACUAUACACUGUUACUGAUGGGUUUAAAUUCCAAUGGUCCACUUUUACAAUCCAAGUGAGAGUAUGUAAGGCUUGCCCAUAACACUAAAAAUCACCUUUAAAACGAAAUUCCUUCCAUUCUGUUCAAUGAAGUGCAGGUGGAACAGUAAGGGAGGAUAUGCAGUCAGAUGAAAGUUUUCUUCGAGCUCAUGGGGGAUGGUGGCAAGAAUUAGACAAGGGUAUAUAUAUCACGAUCCAAAAUGCUGGAGUCACAGAACUGGACCAGUAAGGCGUUAAAAGUGUGAACUAUCUGAUUUUCUUUGACUCCUUCUAGAAAAGUUAUGUGAGUUGAGGGUUUCUUUUGUUUGUUUAGCUUAUUGUGUCAAUAGCACAAGUUAAACACAGGGAACGUACACAGCCAAAGCUGUCUGGCUCGGAGGCCGCAUACAACUUUGCUCUUUUUUUUUUUUUCCUUAUUUUUUUUCCCCUUAGGCAGAAAGCUCCCCCUCCCCAUUUUUCUUUUUCUUUUUUUUUUUUUUUUUUCAUCGUUAGAAACCUAUAAUUUUGUGCAUCACUCAAACUAGCUGUAUAGGAAAUGCGUAAGCACAGGUUUAACAGCAAGGUCCCAAAAGGUUUUGCAAAAUUCGGAGCCACGCCAGUGAAGGAAGGUGUAUUCUCCAUAGUGUGUUACAAGGACAAAAAUCAACUAGCCUCUUAGAAGAGACUCUUUUUUGCCUUUGUCAGGUAAUUAUAGGUCUUUUUGGUUUCUACAGGAGCCCUGAUGUAGCGUGUGGGAGUUGAGCAAGCCUUGUACAAUGGCAGGGCAGAGGCGGCUGGGGGUGGGGAGAAGGCUCGUAAUCGUCCCAUUUAGAAGGGGUCUGGAAAUAAUAGUAUUAAGAUUUGGGCUUUCUUCGGGGGUUGCAGAGGACAUGGGACGUGGAGCAGAGUGGCGGGCCUGGAAAGCAAAUGCCGGUUAAUUAGGCGAAGUAUCGAAGUGCAGCGUAAUCCCAUAUUAUGAGAAAAAACUCCUCUUACCUUCCAGUGGGCUUUGUAUAAAGAGAUAUUGGUGUGGGAAGAAGAAGAAUCGAACCAAUCUUUCCCCCCCGAGACAUCUCUACCUCUUGGACGUUGUUGUUGUUUUGUUUGUUUGUUUGUUGUUUUUUUUUUUUUUUUCCCUUCCCUUAAAACUCUUCUUUAACAUAUUGGGUUAAGGCUUUAAGAAGCGAAGGCUCGCGCUAAGAAACCCUGUUCCUUCAAUGAUUCCCUAUUUCAAAUAAAAGGAUUUAAGUUGACGUAUGACCACGUGAGCACAUAAUACAGCGCAUUAUUGUGGCAUUUGGAGUGGAGACCCGGUCUGGCUCCGUCUGCGAUUACGCUUUUCCAGUUUCUGUUCAGACCAAGCACUGCUUUCUAUUUUUUUUUCCCUCCUGCCCCCAUCACCGUCCCCGCAAGAGCUGGCCAUUUCGCUGACAGCUUUCGUUCCUUAUGGAAAGGUUAUUGUCGAGCCGAGAGGACGAAAUGCUUCGUUAGAAAGGAUGGAUUUUAUUUUAAGGUCUGCCCGGAGAGGCCAUUGGAGGAAGAGUGCCACGUGACAGAGGGGUGCCAAUGUUAUUCUCCAAGGGUGUCAAGACCCUGUCAGUUUGCGAAAUAAAUAUUGGGAAACAACGAAAUGCAAAAAGCGACCUACUACGACAGCUCUGCAAUCUAUGGUGCCUACCCCUACCAAGGAGCAAAUGGUUUCACUUAUAAUGCGAGUCAGCAGCAAUAUCCUCCAUCUUCAUCACUUGUGGAAACUGAGUACCACCGCCCUGCUUGCUCCCUCCAGUCCCCCGGCAGCUCCGUGUCCCACCACAAGGCCAAUGACAUCAGUGAGAGUUGCAUGAGGACCCUCCCAAGCCAGCCUCUCCAGCCCCCCGGCCUCACCGACCCACAGGCCCCACCACAGCCACCUCCAGCCCAGCAGGCGCAACCUCCAGCUCCAUCUUCUGCCUCACCUUCUCAAAAUGCCAGCAGUAACCCUGCCCCAGCCAACUCCACCAAGAGCCCUGCUCUUAACUCGCCCACCAUGUCCAAACAGAUAUUCCCGUGGAUGAAAGAGUCUCGGCAAAACACAAAGCAGAAAAACAGCAGUUCCAGUUCAGGUGAGAGUUGUGCUGGUGAUAAAAGCCCUCCGGGGCAAGCCUCCUCUAAGCGAGCCCGUACAGCUUACACAAGUGCCCAGCUGGUAGAACUGGAAAAGGAGUUCCACUUCAAUAGGUAUCUUUGCAGGCCACGAAGGGUAGAGAUGGCUAAUUUGCUCAAUCUCACAGAAAGACAGAUCAAAAUCUGGUUUCAGAACCGCAGAAUGAAAUACAAAAAAGAUCAAAAGGGCAAGGGCAUGAUGACCUCUUCAGGAGGACAAUCCCCAAGCAGAAGUCCCGUUCCUCCAGCUGCUGGGGGGUAUCUAAACUCUAUGCAUUCUUUAGUAAACAGUGUCCCCUAUGAGCCUCAGUCGCCUCCACCAUUUAACAAGCCUCAUCAAAACACCUAUGGCAUCCCUGCAUCGUAUACUGCUCCUCUUAAUAAUUGCCCACCUCCUCAAAAGAGAUACACGGGGACGGCAGCUGUGACACCUGAGUAUGAUACUCAUCCUCUUCAAGGCAACGGUUAUGGAAAUCCACAUAUACAGGGAAGCCCCGUCUAUGUAGGGGGCAACUACGUGGAGACCAUGACCAGUUCUGGGCCUUCCAUCUUUGGUCUAACUCAUCUCCCUCAUCCUCCCUCUGCCAACAUGGACUACAGCGGGGCUGGGCCAAUGGCCAACAAUCACCACCAUGGACCUUGCGAUGCGCACCCAACAUACACAGACCUUACCACUCACCAUCCUUCUCAGGGAAGAAUUCAGGAAGCGCCCAAACUCACCCAUCUGUAAGAGACAGGGGGCACUAAGUGGAACACCAAGCCCCCAACUUUUGGAAAGUACUCAACCCUUCCCUUCUCUCUCUCCUCCUCCCCCAUACGCCCGCCCCUCUCCUUCUUGUUUCUUUUGUUCGUUUUGGUUUGUUUCCUUUGGUAAAAGCAUUUUCUAGUUUAUGUGACGUAGCAAUAUUUGUUGCUUGAAUUGCUCUAUAGUUUCACUAGUAGAUAUUUAUCUUCUUGAACUGUAGCCUUGUGUCUCACUUUGGGAGUAUGCAGAGGCUUUAUAUUUUACCUUCUACACUUUUAUCAAAACAGGGUAUAUGAACAAAUUUUCUAUAAAAGGAAUUCUUAAAUGUGAAUUUGUUCGUACAUGAUUGAUCCUUCGGGGAAGCAAUUUUUUUUAUUGCACUUCUUUUAAAUAGCGAGAAAGACAUCAAAAGCGCUUGGACAGGGACUUCCUGGACAAUUAUUAAUACGUGUAAGUCUUUCAACGUGUGUAUGCUGGUGAACAUUCAGAUUUAUUUAUUUUUUUUUUGCAAACAUUGAAUAAUCUAAGUGUUUAAAAUUUUAUUUAUCCCCAUUUGUUCAUAUUUAUAUAUAUAUAAAAAAAUUCUGUACCCUGAAUAUUCAGGAGGUAUUUACCUGGCCAUAUGCUAGAUGGCAUACUGGCACGCAUAGGAAAUACCAUUUGAAAGGAAACUAUAACUCCUUUUAUAAAAAUGGUGAUAAUGAUUAUGAUGAUAAUGGCGAUGCAAUAAAAUCUGGGAAAAAGAUCACAGCUUGAAUACUUUAUGCUUGUAACAUCCAGCCAGGCGGGAAGCGUGUGAAGCUGAAAAGGAUAGAUUUGUUUUGAAAGUUAUACAUUCCUUGCUGCUCAUGUUCUGGAAAAAAAAAAAAUAAAGUUUUUAUUCUGAAUAAUAAA